AACGAAUCAGUGGUGAACGACACAGCAGUGCAGCAGCCAACGAGCUAGCAGCAGCAGCUAACCUGAGUCACACAGAAAUAUGGAUGGAGAAAGGCUGAAAGUGAAAUGCUGUCAGGUUGAGUCGGUCCACACAGGUCCAUAAACAUGUCCACAGAUGACAGUGUCUCUGAGGACGUGUCCAGCUCAGCAGCUUUGAGCCACGCUCAUGUUGGUGCUGAUGGAGAGAAGGAGAGUGAAACAUCUUUGGUGUCCUCUGAGGGAACAUCAGCCUCAGGCCUGGCCUCCUCUGAAGAACGACAUGGCACCUCCCAAACUACAGGGGGCACUGUGGAGAGCAGGCCCGUGGACAUGGUACCAACAUGCAACAAGAUCAGGAGUUUUCGUAUAAGCACAGAUGAAGUUUUCGAACAAGAGAAGAUCCUUCCAUUUAUCAACCCAAGCUCCCUUGAGACCCUUAGGGCCUUGGUACAAGAGAUCCAGGACAGUGGGGAGACGGACCCUGAGAUUUGGAAAGAUUGUGAGGAUCGAUGGUUGCAUUUGUUUCAGCUGGUUGAAAAGCAAUAUCAAGAGCAAAUACUGGCUCAGCAAGAACAAUAUCAGUGCCAAAUACAGUUGAUUCAGGAUGAAAUUAAGGCUCUCGUUCAGCUUCAGAACCGCCAGAGCAGUGUUCACCCACAAACAGAGUUCACUCCAACUCCACUGACCAAAACUACCACGAUCGAUGGUUGCAUUUGUUUCAGCUGGUUGAAAAGCAAUAUCAAGAGCAAAUACUGGCUCAGCAAGAACAAUAUCAGUGCCAAAUACAGUUGAUUCAGGAUGAAAUUAAGGCUCUCGUUCAGCUUCAGAACCGCCAGAGCAGUGUUCACCCACAAACAGAGUUCACUCCAACUCCAC